AAGGAGAUGCAAGCAUCGGAUUAAGAAAGAAGACUCAAAGACAGUCUGCAAGGUAACAGAUAACCAACUGGAAACAGGACAGAAGUUUCAGGAACAAACCGGAUCAACAGAGAGAUAAACCUCCUUCAGGCAUUCAGCAUGCGUGCUCUGGUGGUUUUGCCUCUGCUGCUGUGUGCAGUGGUGUGUGUGGUGCAGGUGAGAGCAGAGGUGAAGGCGGUGAAGCUAUGCGGGCGAGAGUUCCUCAGGGCCGUCGUUUACACCUGCGGGGGAUCCCGUUGGAGGAGAUUCCUCAGUGAGUCAGACAUGGACGGUUUGCCCACAGGGGAUCAGAGCAGUUUGGAGAGUAAAGACCCGGGCUCCGAGUUGACCAAACGAGAUAUUAACAACAUACUGACCACUGUGUGCUGCCAGGUGGGCUGCAGGAAGAGCGACCUCACCUUCCUCUGCUGAGGCCAACCCUCCCCUCUCUCUUCUUCUCUCUCCAAAAUGACUGCUCUCUCCCAUCUCGACUGAGUAGAGACAAAAUCUGAAUCAAAAUGCUGAUGUCUUAAAACCAUAUUAUCACUCUAUUGUAUGUGCAGUAAUGCUCAAACCCACAAUGUCUGUAAUUGCUUUUGACAUUUUUACUUUAACUUGUAUGGUUUGUAGAUGUGAAUGUGUUUCUGAACCCUAGCUGACGAUAUGUGCAACCAUAAGAAUAUAUUCUAUUAUAAUAUAAAUAAACCUACUGAGUGGUGCAGGACUAUAUCAUUUCCCACUCAGACAUCUGUGUCUCAGCCUGGGUUUGUGUCCUGUAUGUAGCCAGAAUCCACAGGGUUGCAGGUUUCUAAAAUGUUCUUCUCUACCUUCAUGUAUUUGCAGUAUAGAAAACUUGAGUUUUUAAACUUAUUGUUUUGCUAUUUUUGUCAAAUAAAUGUUCUUGCACAGGU